AUGAAAUAAUUUUACCAAGAUUUUGGAAGCCUAAUGUAUAAAAUUCAGAUGAAAGUUGAUAAUGAUUCAUAAGAAGGUUGAUUACAUCUUUGUUAUAAAAAGCCUUUUGCAAUAAAUGGGAUAGAAUUGAAAAGAUUAUUUUAAUUAAAAGUGAAAAAAUAAUAGAUAAUUUAAUCUGUUGGAAAUUUAACAGGAAAAAUAUAUGAAAAUGAUGUCAAUGUCAUUCUUUUUAAUUAUGAUAAUAAAACUUUUACAAGUCAUUAUCAAAAUUUGUUAUUAAAAAAAUUUUUCCAAAAAAUUUUGUAGAAAUAUUUGAAAAAACACAAAGAAUAUUGUUUAUCAUUCAGCAAACAGAUAUUGAUCUUAACUUCCUCAAAAAUUAAUGUAGAAAUUAUCAGAUACUAAAUUUACAACAAUUUUUGAAAAAUUUGAUUCAUUGAAUUUUUCAAGAUUUAAAAUUCAAUUUAAAGAUCUAAAAAUAACACCUAAUCUUGGAAAAGUUAUAGUCCUGUUUUCAUAAUGAUAAAAGAAGAAGAAGAAGAAGAUAAAAAGUUUGCUUCAAAUACUUCUCUAUUAUUCUAUAAUUGAAAUACAUAUAUUGGAAAAGGGUUAGUUAAAAAUAAAAACUUUAUGUAUUUUUUAACAGAAAUCAAUUUAACUUACAAAAUUGA